AUGAGGAAAGAUGACUCUCCUCUUUUCAAAAAAUUGCUGGACAUCAGCGAUAAAAUUUUGGGGACCGAGCACACUCAUGAUGCAGCUGUUCAUAAGCUGUCCAACUGGAGUUAUGGCGGCAGAUUUUGCAAUUCAGCUGCAUAUGAUUUCUUUCGGCCAAGGGGAACUAAGUUAAUAUGGGCUAGCUCAGUUUGGAACACAUUUGUGACACCUAAGCGUGUUUUUAUCUUGUGGUUGGCAACCAAGUCAAAACUACUUACGAAGGACAGAUUACAUUAUCUUCAGAUUGAUCACAAUUGCUGUUUUUGUGAACGAAUGGAAGAAACUGCUUGCCACUUGUUCUUCAAUUGUCCAUUUACCAAAUCAGUUUGGCACAUAAUCUGUGCAUGGGUUGGGAUUCGAAGGUUAAUGUCCACACUUCCUAGCGCUCUCAAAUGGAUUAAGAAGGAAAGUAAAGGAAAAUCUUGGCACAACAAGUUGAAGCGCAUUGCAUUUUCUUCUACAGUUUACCACGUUUGGAUGGCAAGAAAUAGGAAUAUUUUUUAUAACCUUAUACCGCAGAUUGAUAGCAUUUUUGGCUAUGGGUCUUUAGAUUGUUUUGUUGGACUUUAUCACUUUCUUUUUGUUUUACUGGAAAUGCUCAGUGUUGUAUAG